UAAAAAUGUUACUAAAAUCAUGUGUAUUAUUGUUGACAGUGGCCGUACACGGGAGUCAAAGUGCCUACAAAGUGGAGCCGUACAGCACCGGCGCCUACAGUUUGGGUGAGGGUCCGCACUGGGACUACAAGACCAAUACACUGUACUUUGUGGACGCAUUUGUCGGUGACUUUUACCACUUGGACGACCACAUGAGCCGCAGACAACUCGACAAAUACAGUCUUAAGGAUUUGAUCACAAUUGUCAUACCCUAUGCCGACAGCGAUCAUCACCUGUUGGUCAGUGUCCGCAAUAAAGUGGUCAAAUACGACACGACUACCCGUACGGUCGCACCGGUAGCUGAGAUCGCACCGGAACUUCAGGGUAAAGAGCGGUUCAAUGAUGGUAAGACUGACGCUAUGGGCCGGCUAUGGAUUGGCAGUGUGCUGGACGGCCCCUCAGGCGCUGUGCCCGGUAAGGGUAGUCUGUAUAAAUUAGAGCAUGGUAAGUUUGUUAAAAUAGCCACCGGGUUCACGCUGUCCAAUGGCUUGGCCUGGAGUCUGGACAACAGUCGCCUCUAUUUUAAUGACUCCGAAGACCGCAAGAUAUAUGUGUUUGACUUUGAUCUCAAGAACGGAACCGUUAAAAAUAAACGCGUUUUCGUAGACUUGAAAUCAAACCCCGAUUUCAAGAGCACUGAAGUGUCGGACGGUAUGACUGUUGACAAAAGUGGCAAACUUUGGGUCGGAUUAUACGCCGGCGGACGUGUCGUACGGAUCAAUACAGACACCGGCAAAGUUGAACAGUCUAUACCAGUGCCGGCCCUAUUGACUACAACACCGGCCUUCGGCGGUGAGGCGUUGGAUCAGAUGUUUGUGACGACCGGCAAAGAUGGCCAGGAUUUGAAGAAAUACCCAAACGCUGGGAAAGUGUUUCGCAUCACUUCAGACGACCCCGGUACUGUCGCCAGCACUAUAGGUGAUGGCCCGCACUGGGACUACAAGACAAACACCCUGUACUUUACGGACUCAUUCACCAGAAAUUUUUACCACGAGGACGACCACCUGAGCCCCAGAAAGCUUGACAAAUACAGUGCCGCGGAUUUGGUCACUAUUGCUAUACCCUAUGAGGACAGCGAUCAUCACCUGUUGGUCAGUGUUCGUAACAAACUGGUCAAAUACGACACGACUACCCGUACGGCCGCACCGGUAGCUGAGCUCAAGCAACGGUUUAAUGAUGGUAAAGCUGACGCUAUGGGCCGCCUAUGGAUCGGCACUAUGGCUGAUGAGAAUAAGGGUGGUCUGUACAAGUUGGAGCAUGGUAGAUUGGAGCAAAUGGCCACCGGGUUCACAUUGGCUAAUGGACUGGCCUGGAGUCCGGACAACACCCGACUCUACCUCAUCGACUCCGGAGACCUGAAAAUAUAUGUGUUUGACUUUGACCUGAAGAAUGGAACUGCUACAAAUAUACGAGUGUUUGUGAACCUAAACAAAAACCCCGAUUUCCCGGAUGUUGUUAUGCCCGACGGUAUGACUGUUGAUAAAAGUGGUAACCUAUGGGUUGGACUAUUCACCGCCGGACGUGUCGUUAAGAUUAAUCCUGAAACAGCCAGAGUUGAACAGUCCAUACCAGUGCCGGCCUUAUUCACCACAACACCAAUCUUCGGGGGCGAGUCAUUGGAUCAGAUGUUUGUGACGACCGGUAUGUUAGGCCAGAAUAUGACACAAUACCCGAACGCAGGCAAAGUGUUUCGCAUCACAUCCGACGAGCCCGGUUUCCGGGGCUCCCGACACGCGUCUCAUUUUAACCCAAAUAUUUAA